AUGUUUUUUAUAUCACAUCGCAUCGAACACAGAACACCGAGCAUCGUAUUAAGCACCGCCUUCAAACAUGACGAUGUUUCUUCAUUUCUUUGUGUUUGUUUGUGGCUGAAGGAAAAGUUUUCGGUUGUUGACAUCCAAGCAGAUUGUGAUAAUUUCGUCAACGGAUUUCUUCAAACUUUACCUGAAGUAACGAGAAAUGUUUCAAAUCUGGAGACGUUUUCUUACAGUUACAAAAUUUGA